AAGCACCGCCCUCUGUAGGGAACUCAGUUCCGCACCGCAUGAUGUCUGAAGGAGACAAGAUAAGAGGAGAAAUUUUGCAGGUCCUGGGCCAUCUGGCGCCAUCUGGAGACACCUGAAAAUUUACCCCAGACGCUUCAAGGACUUUGCCCACUGAGCUGCGUGACAGUCGGGGAACUUUGACCACAGAUGCGUAUUAAAAUUUUCUCACUUAAUGUCCCCUGCCUCCUUUCCAACCCUAUAAAAGCGACACACUUCUCUUUGUUUCCUGUGGACGGCCUUUCCAGCCUCUGACUGCCUGCACCCAGGCAUGAUAAACUGUACCCCAUGUUGCCUUUACACAAGCCUGGUGGUCUCUGCUGUCCCCCCGUGUGUUACACUAUCAUCUCUCUGUCUAAUCAAGUCCACUGCCUCGCUCAUGCUUGAUCUCCCUGUUUAUUCGCCUCUGUUCUCACAGAAUCCUUACCUCAUCCUACGACUGGUAGAGGCAAAUUUCGCUUGUCCUGGGUCCUUACAUUCCCUAGAGAGAAGUCACAAGAGCAUAAUGAGGCUCUGCAUAGGCGUUGUUCUCUGCUCCUUGGUUGUGGGAGUCAGCAGUGACGGCUGGUUUUCAUUCUUCAAGGAGGCUGUCCAAGGGUCUUCGGAUUUAGGGAGAGCCUACUGGCACAUGCAAGUAGCCAGUUACCCAAAUUCAGAGAGAUAUUUCCACGCACGGGGUAACUAUGACGCCGCCCAGAGGGGACCCGGUGGGGUCUGGGCUGCAAAAACGAUCAGCACCUUUGGGAAGUAUCUUCAGGGCAUCUUAAACCGCUUUUACUAUGGAAGAAGCAACUACGGAGUAGAAAACAUUCAGUCCAACCAGAAAGCUGAGGAAUGGGGCCGAAGUGGCAAAGACCCCAGUCACUUCAGACCUCCUGGCCUGCCUGAGAGAUACUGAACUUGCUGUUCCUACUGCUCUCAGGGAGCCGCACACCUCUCUGCCUGACACAGUGUUGCUGGCCCUUGUGCCCCCAGGAACUGGUACAGGACACUUAAAAUACCCAAAAAAUAUGUGUCAAAAAAUUUGUUGAUAGAAACUGGGAACACGGAAACAGAUUUUUGGGGAACAAUGAUUAUCUGGUGUCACACAGAAGACAAACAGCCCCACUGAGGAUGACCCUGUGAUGGUGGGGGUGCAGGAACCUCCACUUGGCCUGUAACAGUGUGUGUUGGUCCGCUUUCCAUUGCUGCGAUAGGACACCUAAAGAUAGCAACUUAAAGGAGGAAGGUUUAUUUUGGCUCAUGGUUUUAGGGGUUUCAGGCCAUGGUAGGUUCUCCCCAUUGCUGUGGGCCCCACCCCCACCCUUAGGAGACUCAGUUUCUCCUGAGUAAGCCUAUGCUGGCAGAGCAUUGACUGCCACGCUACAUUCCUUCAUGAUGGUAUUUGUGACUCUGGCAUAAGUUCUGGCACCCUCCCAUGAAUCUUUUCCUUUUUUUCUUUUUUUCUUUUCUUUUUUUUUUUUGGUUUUUCUCCAAUACUGGGAACCGAACUCAUGACCUUGCGCUUGCCAGGCAGGCGCUUUUCCCGCUGAGCUAAAUCCCCAGCCCCCCAUGAAUCUUUUUCAUAGCACAGAUCAGACAGCCUUCCCUCUCCCUUACCCGGGCUCUCUGGUUAUUUUAUUGCUGUUCCCAGGCUUCUCUGUGUACAGACUCCUCAACAUUCAGCUCCAGCUCUUGUCCCUUGCUGACCUCUUUUCAUGUUCAGAAGGCACAUUGUUUUCAGAAGCCUAAUCCCAUGAGUCCUAGCCUAGAAACUGCCAUCUUGGACUCCAUUUCUUCACGAUACCAGGGCCCACCCAGAUUCAGUUUUUAACUAGUCUCUGCUUAUUUCACAGAAGGGUAUCUCUCACAUUAGUUUUCCUUAUUGUCAUUCUCACUGUGUUUUAAUUCAGAUAAGAUUCUACUUCCCGUUCUAGAGAGGAAGUGUGAUAUGCAGAUAGGUAUAGUAUGAUUAAAUAUGAAUGAAUAAAUUAUUUUACUAAUAAAGUCAAAGUUUGCUUUUCAAAAGUCAAUCUAGUUUCAAGGAACAGGAAGGCAUUAAUGAAGAGAGGGAUUCUAAAAAUGACAAGAUGGGGCUGGGGAUUUAGCUCAGCGGCAAAGCACCUGCCUGGUAAGAGCAAGGUCUUGAGUUUGAUUCCUGGUACCGGGAAGAAAAACCAAAAACCAACUAAAAAUAACAAGGAGGGAAAUGACUGCUGCAUCAAAGUCAAGUGGAAGCCAGAGGAAGGAGAAUCAGCCUAUAGGGGGCAGGUUAACUCCAAAAGGAGUAGAAAUAGCUCUUGCUCUGAAAAAGGAAUGAAGGUGAAGAGAAUGGGGCCUGGGGGACAGAACAUUUGAGAUAGCAGACAGGGGACCUGAGGGAGUCCAGUGGUACCUGCUGUUGUUGUAUAUGACCGCUUCUAGGGCUCAGCAUGCUUCUGUGUAUUUGUUUAUUUAUUUAUCUGUCUAUAGAGCAAGUAUGUAAAAAAUUAAAGGUGAAAAUCUUAUCCUUCUCCA